CUCUCUCUCAUCUGACCCUCGGAAAGAUCGAACCUUGGCCUCACGCAACGGGCUCUCGUCACUUCCUGCGUCCCAAAGCUUGAAACUUUAAGCAAAGCCCGACAGUCUGUCUGAGACCAUCGACCAUCGAAGAGGCGCGUAACGGGGGAAAGAAAGACCUCGUUGAAGCCGAUCGUCGUCAUGACGGGUGGGUUGGUCGUGGAAGAUGCGUUCCGCUGCGAGGAGGAGACGCAUUUCACGGUGAUGAAGACGUCCCUGUUCUUCGCCGGCGACGGGUUCGCGGCGUACGACUCGAAGGGUGAGCUCGCGUUCCGGGUCGACUCGUACGGGCCCGGCGCUCGCGACACGGGCGAGGUCGUCCUCAUGGAUGCUCACGGCCGGUGUCUCCUCACCGUCCGGCGCAAGAGACCGAGCUUGCAUCAACGGUGGGAAGGAUUCUACGGGGAGGGGACGGACGGCCAGAAACCGAUCUUCAGCGUGCGGAGGUCGUCGAUCAUCGGCGAUUCGGGGGUGACGGUGCAGGUGUACGGUAGCCCCGGCGAGGAGUACCACAUCGAGGGGUCCUUCGCCCAGCGCAGCUGCACCAUCUUCAACGCGGACCGUGAGCCGGUGGCGGAGAUCCGACGCAAGGUCGAUGCCUCCACCAACGUCGUGCUCGGCAAGGACGUCUUCUCUCUCUGCGUGAAGCCCGGGUUCGACGGCGCGUUCGCCAUGGGAUUGGUCCUCGUCCUCGACCGGAUCACCGGCGACGCCGACGCCGACGCCGCCGACCUCGGCGAAGGGGGAGAGGCCGUGGUGGCGGAUGCCACCUCGGACGGUUAGGACUCGAGAGGCUUUGUCUAGAUUCUAUCGCGGGGGUUGACGAUGGCGAUUUCCCAUGUGAUAAGGUUAUGGUUUUGGCCGGUCCAUGAAAUUAUUGGAGUAGUGGGGCCCUAAAGCAGAUAUUAUGAGAAUAAUGUAUUUCCAUGGAUUUUGGAGCUUACGGCCUUGUCUCU